UCCAGCCCCCGAUUCCGAGGAAGUGUCUGGGACUCCCCUUCCACGCGGGGCAUCAGUUUUUCCAGACAGCUGAAAGUCGACGGCUGCCACGAUCCCAGUGAGUAAUCCUUGUGAAACCAGCGCCGGGGAAGUUGCCCAGCCAAACAAAUUCUGUCACCGUGGCUCUGUGCUCUGACGUGGUGCUGAACGUGCAGCACUAUAUAUAAAACCCAGGAAACGAUCCAAGGGAAGUGGCCCAUUUCAGCUCUGCUGCAGCCCAGGCACAGGGCACAGGGAUGCAGAAAACUAUUCCUGGCUGCUUCUUCCAGCAAAUGUAUUCUUCCCUAACUGGCAUUCUGAUGGAGAGAGACCACAUGAAAGACCUCAGGAGAUACCUGGCACUCAAAUACAUCCAGUACCUUGUCCUGUCUUCCUCCAACGCCCUCAGCACGCUGCUGGGCCUGCUGGGCAGUGCGUGCACCGUGAUCACCCUGCAGUCUGCCAGGGUUUCCUCCAAGUCCACCGCAGUGCUCAUCUCCAGCCUGGCAAAGGCAGACGUGCUGGUCGUGGUGAGCCUGGUUUUGGAGGUGGGUUCAUGGACCCUUGGAGCGGGUGCAUCGCCCGCAGCAGCUCUGGCGCGGAACCUCCUGACGGCGAACGCCCACAUCAGCUGCGUCCUGCUCAGCGCCGUGGCCCUGGAGGCCUACCUGAUCACCUUCCUCCCCACCCAGUCACGCCACCUACGGACCGUGAAGAACGCCAGGAGGGCAUCCAGGCUCAUCUGGGUCCUGGUGGCUGCAGAGUGCGCCCUGUUCCAGGUGGACGAUCUCCUGACGGCCAGCGGUGCCUCCGCUCCCGCCCAUGGCCCCUGGGCUCUCUUGUUUCCCCUCUCCAGCACGGCUGCUGCCCUCCUCAGGUCCCUCACUUACAUCCUGGGCGUUCUCUUGAGGAUUUUCAAUGUCUACAUCUACUACAAGAUAUUUUUCAGCAUGUCUAACAGGUCUAGGCUGAAAUCAAAGUAGAGCCUGUUCGCGGGGGAAGCGGCGCCGUGACACCCAACAGAAGGUGCUUCAAACCAGUUCCAAACCAUUGGUUUGGAAACUGUUCAAUAAGCAGGACCAAGGCUCGUGUUUGGGCUCCCCAGGGGGUUUAAACCCUCCUGUUUGCUGGUGCUGUGGUCAUGGAGAGGAGCUGGGGCUGAGGAGCCCCUUGGCACUGAGACACCACCACCAGCUGUGCCUUUGGUUGGGCUUUAUCCACCAUGCAGGUGGAACAAAUGACAUUUCAGGGAGGGUUGUAAAGCAACCCCACUGUCUUCUAUAUCAAAAGGGUGCUUGGAGGAUUACUCAGGGAUCUGUUGAGCCAAUAUGUAGUUGUUUACUGAAGACAUGAUCUAAAUAUCUCUGACCCAGGUGACCCACCAGACUCACGGAUGGAAAGUCAAGGUGAGCACUGAGCAGGGUCAGUUGGGCACUGAACAGGCUCCCCAGGGCAGUGGGCACAGCCCCAAGGCUGC